AUGACCUCGUUGAGCAGCUCUGCCUCCACCGCGACAACGUCCGCCACGGCGACCAGUAGCCACACUGCAAGUACGACAAGUCAGACGAGCACCAGUGCAAGUAGCACCAGCGCGACGUCUAUCACCACGUCUGCCACCAGCACGUCCACAACUGCCACGGGGACCAGUUCUCUUACGCUUACCCUCACGAGUAGGACGAGUAUAAGCGCAACCAGCAUGUCGCUCACUAGCUCUAGUGUAACCUCGCUCAGCACAGUUUCUACUAGCACGUCGUCCACAUGGACCAGCACACACACGGUCAGCACAACGAGCAAGACAACCACCAGUGCCAGCAGCACCAGUGUGACGUCAAUUACCAAGUCUGCCACCAGCACGUCCACGUCUAACACGGGGACCAGCACUCAGACUACCAGGACAACGAGUUGGACGAGUACAAGUGUGACGAUCACAAGCACAAGCAUGACCUCGCUGAGCACCUCUGCUACAGCCACGACGACGUCUGCUACAGGAACCAGCACCCAAACGGCAAGCACUACAAGUUUGACGAGCUCCAGUGUGACGUCGAUCACUACGUCUGCCACCAGCACGUCCACGUCUACCACGGGGACCAGCACCCAAACUGUCAGCACCACGAGCUCGACCAGCGCCACUGCUACUGCCACGACGACGUCUGCGACAGGGACCAGCAGCCAGACGGCAAGUACUACAAGUUUGACGAGCACAAGUGUGACGUCGAUCACUACGUCUGCCACCAGCACGUCCACGUCUACCACGGGGACCAGCACUCAGACUACCAGCACAACGAGUUGGACGAGUACAAGUGUGACCUCCACGACGAUCACAAGCACAAGCAUGACCUCGUUGAGCACCUCUGCUACUCUCACGAAGACGUCUGCCUCGGGGACCAGCAGCCAGACGUCAGGUAGCUCAAGCCGGACGACCACCAGUGAAACCAGCACCAGUGUAACUAGCACCAGCGUGACCUCGCUCAGUAGUUUUACCACCAUCACGUCCGUGACUUCCACGGGGACCAGCAGCCAGACGGCAAGUACUACCAGUCGGACAAGCCUUAGUGCAACGAGCACCAGUGCAACAAGUAUUAGCGUGACGAGCAGCAGCACGAUUUCGUUGACCGACUCUGCGACAAGCACUUCGUCCUCCACGACAACCUGCCAGGACAUGUUCUUCUGCCACCUGGUGGACUGCAGCCGGGAGGCCACAGCUACGUACUGCCCCUGUGCUUGUUUUGGCUAUAGCACGAGCAGCACUUCCUCGACGUCGCAGAGCUCCUCCGUCACGAGCACGUCCACAUCUGGCACGUGGACCAGUACAGGCACCACAUCGACUAUCACCACGGCGACCAGCACCACGACGCCCAGCAGCACCAGCCAGAGCAGCACCGCCUCGUUGACGAGCGGCACCAGCACCGGCACGCGCACUUCCACAAGCGGCUCCAGCAGCACCUCUGUGACCAGCGAUACUCCUUCCAGCAGCACCACGUUGAGCACACGGAGCGAGACUUCGACAGCUACAUGGUCAACCGUCACCACGACGAGCAGCACGACCACAUCAUCAACCGGCACCAGCUCCACGACGCGGAGCGCAACCAGUUCGACUCGGAGUAGCAGUGUCAGCGUGACUACUUCGACGGGAUCCAGCACGACUAGCAAGAGCCAGACAAGCUCCAGUUUGACGACUGAGAGCAAGAGUAGUAGCACGAGCCGGACAACGACGAGCAGCAGCACGAGCGUGAGCAGUGUGAGUGCGACCAGCACCGUAACAGCUACCGGCACAACCGCCACUACAAGUACAAGCUCCAGUAUGACCAGCACGAUCUCAGCCACGAGCAUGAGCCGUACACGUACGCUCACAGCCACCAGCACAGCAACUAGCACCAGCACGACGAGCACACCCACGGCCACCAGCAGUAGCCAGACAAGCUUGACGUCUAAGAGCGAGAGCAGCAGCACGAGCCAGACAACUCAAAGCGCGACCAGUGUGAGUUGGAGUAGCAGCGUGAGCGUGACUUCCCAGACUGACUCCAGCACGUUCAGCGACACGACGGCGAGUAGCAUCAGUGCGACCAGCACUCACACGGCUACCAGUGAUACCCAGACGAGCUCUGCCACUGAGAGCAGCACCAGCAGAAGUAGCAGCACUAGCGAGACGACGGACAGUGUAACCAGCUCGACGCAGAGUAGCAGCACGAGUAUAACCAGUGUGAGUGCUACAAGUUCCGUAUCCUCCACGACGACGGCCACCAUUGUGAGCUCAACGAGCACUAUUACCUUUACGACCACGGCCACCAGUAGUGUGAGCAGUGGCAGUGAGUCCAGCACGCUGACAGGAACGUCCAGCAGCCUGACUGGGACGAGCUGGACAACGCAGAGCGUAACCAGUGUGAGUUGGAGUAGCAGCGUGAGCGUAACUGCCACGUCUGAAUCCAGCACGACCAGUGGCACUACGGCAACUACCGUCAGUGCCUCCAGCACGCUGACGGUCACAAGCAAUACCCCAACGAGCUCUGCGACUGCGAGCAGCACCAGCAGAAGUAGCAGCACUAGCGAGACGACGGACAGUUGUAACCAGCUCGUCGCAGAGUAG